UUUUAAUUGGGAAAAUAGCGUAAAACGGCGCUAUUACUGUGAUGGUGCUAGGGAGGCGGUCGAUAGUGGUUGGUGAGUUGGACCGCACACCAUACCACCGUUAUUUCCUGGAAACAUUUGUGUUUAAAGUCUGAGCAAAAUGCAAGUUAAUUUUGUGUUUAAUCCUUCGAUAACAAGUUUAUAUGAAAGGUGCUAUUACAACUAAAUGACAAGACGGGUACACAGAGCUGAUUCGUUUGUCGGUGGAUAUCAUGUAUUACUAACGGAAAGAAUGUCUCAAUGUGCUGAGAUCCCGGACGUCCCAGAGUAGGACCGACACAAAACUAUGACUGUCCAGUCGUCAAUGUUCUGGGCUGUCGUUCUAACGAUAUUGUCCACAGGACGAGAUGUGACGUCACAGAACCUAGCCUGUUAUGACUGUGAGGAUACAUUCACGGAUGUAUGGGAUCCGUACACCGACUGUCAGGUCAGACUAGACCGAGUAGACAACAAGACUUGUCUGGAGAGCGAAGAGUACUGUCUGGUUGAGCGGAUCACUCUUAAGAAAAUGACCAUAAGUAUCAAGCGUUCAUGUGCAAAGGAGUGUUGGUACGGAUGCCGAGCAAAGGGAAUCGGGGUGACACAGGUCAUGUGUACUUCAUGUUGCCAAGAGCCUAACUGUAAUGUGGGUAAUAAUUCUCCGUCUGCUUCCUUCGAAUCCAGUCACAUGAUGGUGACAUUCCUCUUGAUGACGUACUUUGGAAGACUUUUUGAAAGAAAUAUCGAAUGACAACGUUUUGUCUCGAUAAUACUGAUUGAUACUGAUGGUCGGACAUUAUCCAGUGGACAUUAUCGAGAAUUUAUGCAUGUCGAUGUAACAUGACUUGAUAUAUAUAUGACCCAACUACAUAGUACAGUCACCACCGUCAUAAACCUCCACCUCUACUACCACCACCUUCAUAGCCCUCCACCUCUACUACCACCACCGUCAUAAACCUCCACCUCUACUACCACCACCGUCAUAAACCUCCACCUCUAUUACCAACACCGUCAUAAACCUCCACCUCUACUACCACCACCGUCAUAAACCUCCACCUCUACUACCACCACCGUCAUAAACCUCCACCUCUACUACCACCACCGUCAUUAACCUCCACCUCUACUACCACCACCGUCAUAAACCUCAACCUCUACAACAACUACCGUCAUAACCCUCCACCUCUACUACCACCACCGUCAUAAACCUCCACCUCUACUACCACUACCGUCAUAAACCUCCACCACUACAACCACCACCGUCAUAAACCUCCACCUCUACUACCACUACCGUCAUAAACCUCCACCUCUACUACCGACACCGUCAUAAACUUUCACCUCUGCUACCAUCACCGUCAUAAACCUCCACCUCUACUACCACUACCGUCAUCAACCUCCACAUCUACUACCACCACCGUCAUAACCCUCCACCUCUACUACCACCACCGUCAUAAACCUCCACCUCUACUACCACUACCGUCAUAAACCUCCACCUCUACUACCACCACCGUCAUAAACCUCCACCUCUACUACCACCACCGUCAUAAACCACCACCUCUACUGCCACCACCGUCAUAAACCUCCACCUCUACUACCACCACCGUCAUAACCCUCCACCUCUACUACCACCACCGUCAUAAACCUCCACCUCUACUACCACCACCGUCAUAACCUCCACCUCUACUACCACCACCGUCAUAAACCUCCACAUCUACUACCACCACCGUCAUAAACCUCCACCUCUACUACCACCACCGUCAUAAACCUCCACCUCUACUACCACCACCGUCAUAAACCUCCACCUCUACUACCGACACCGUCAUAAACCUCCACCUCUACUACCACCACCGUCAUAAACCUCCACCUCUACUACCACCACCGUCAUAAACCUCCACCUCUAUUACCAACACCGUCAUAAACCUCCACCACUAUUACCAACACCGUCAUAAACCUCCACCUCUACUACCACCACCGUCAUAAACCUCCACCUCUACUACCACCACCGUCAUAAACCUCCACCUCUACUACCACCACCGUCAUAAACCUCCACCUCUACUACCACCACCGUCAUAAACCUCCACCUCUACUACCACCACCGUCAUAAACCUCCACCUCUACUGCCACCACCGUCAUAAACCUCCACCUCUACUACCACUACCGUCAUAAACCUCCAACUCUACUGCCACCACCGUCAUAAACCUCCACCUCUACUACCACCACCGUCAUAAACCUCCACCUCUACUACCACCACCGUCAUAAACCUCCACCUCUACUACCACCACCGUCAUAAACCUCCACAUCUACUACCACCACCGUCAUAAACCUCCACCACUACUACCACCACCGUCAUAAACCUCCACCUCUACUGCCACCACCGUCAUAAACCUCCACCUCUACUACCACUACCGUCAUAAACCUCCAACUCUACUGCCACCACCGUCAUAAACCUCCACCUCUACUACCACCACCGUCAUAAGCCUCCACCUCUACUGCCACCACCGUCAUAAACCUCCACCUCUACUACCAACACCGUCAUAAACCUCCACCUCUACUACCACCACCGUCAUAAACCUCCACCUCUACUACCACCACCGUCAUAAACCUCCACCUCUACUACCACCACCGUCAUAAACCUCCACCUCUACUGCCACCACCGUCAUAAAAACCUCCACCUCUACUACCAACACCGUCAUAAACCUCCACCUCUACUACCACCACCGUCAUAAACCUCCACCUCUACUACCACCACCGUCAUAAACCUCCACCUCUACUACCACCACCGUCAUAAACCUCCACAUCUACUGCCACCACCGUCAUAAACCUCCACCUCUACUACCACCACCCUCAUAAACCACCACUCAGCUCUACAACCACACAGCUCUACAACCACACAGCUCUACAACUACACAGCUCUACCACCACAUAGUUCUACCACCACAUGUAGCUCUACAACCACAUAGCUCUACAACCACAUAGUUCUACCACCACACAGCUCUACAACCACAUAGCUCUACCACCACACAGCUCUACAACCACACAGCUCUACAACCACACAGCUCUACAACCACACAGCUCUACAACCACAUAGCUCUACCACCACACAGCUCUACAACCACACAGCUCUACAACCACACAGCUCUACCACCACAUAGUUCUACCACCACAUGUAGCUCUACAACCACAUAGCUCUACAACCACACAGCUCUACAACCACAUAGUUCUAC